AUGCUUUUAAAAAAAGCCAGUCCGUCCGUGCCUUUUUCCCCUCCCCCAAAAAUACCUUCGCCAAACAAUCUGCCCGAAAAUGGUAAUGAGAUAGAUAUCAGCGAAAUUAAACAAGCUUCUUCUUUGGCAGAAGCAAAAAAAGUAGCCAAAAAAAUAAUUCGAAAAUUAUUCACUGAGUAUGAAAAUGUUAAAAUAGAGGAUUUAGAAGCAAUAAAAGAUAAAUACGAAAAAGAACAAGAGAGAAUAAGUUAUACCCAACAACAAAACUCUUUACCUAGUCUGAAAGAAACUAACCCUAAUCUCCGAGGCAUUUAUUCCCAAGUUCUCCAAGAUGUAGCCCGAAGAGUUAAAAAGGCUUUUCGAGGUUUCUUUUUGAGAUUGAAAAGUAAAACAGGCGAAGCAGGUUAUCCAAGGUUCAAAUCUUUUGGGAGAUAUGACAGUUUCACCUACUCCCAAAAUAAUAACAGUUAUAAAUUAGAGCAAAGUCAGUUAAGAUUAGCCAGUAUUGGUAAGGUGAAAAUUAAACUUCACCGAGAAUUAGAAGGAGAAGUUAAAACCUGCUCCAUUAUCGUUAAGAAUGGUAAGUAUUAUGCUUGCUUUUCUAGUGAAGUUGAACCUAAAUUGCUCCCAAAAACAGGUAAAAAAGUUGGAAUUGAUUUAGGCUUAACUUCCUUUUUAGCUACUUCGGAUGGAGAAUUGAAAGAAGCACCCAAAACUUAUCGAAAAGCCGAAAAAGAAUUAGCAAAAGCAGGUAGAAAAGUUAGCCGAAGGAUUAAGAGAAGCAAAAGGAGAAAAAAAGCCGUAAUACUCUUGGCUAAACAGCAUGAGAAAGUUAGCAACCAAAGGAAGGAUUUAGCCCAUAAAUUAGCCAAAGAGUUAGUGGAAAAAUACGAUGGAAUAGCCUAUGAGAAAUUAGCCAUUAAAAACAUGGGAAUAGAAGUAAAUGCUAAAAAUACUAGUCAGAUUUGUAGUGAAUGUGAUAAGCAAAGAGAGCAAAAACUCAAAUUAAGUCAAAGGAAGUUCGCUUGCUCUUUUUGUCCGUAUUCAGACAAUCGAGACAUCAAUGCUGCUCGUAAUAUUCUAAAACGAACAGAAUGGGUCGGUUCGACCCUUCAAGGAGCAGUGCCAGCAGCCGGACAGGCUAAACCGGGACAAAAAACUACCUUUUUAGAGAAAAAUGCCAUGAAAUUUUGUAAAGAAUUUAACCAACAGACCAAAGAACUAGAAAGUUCCAAAAUCCUAAAUGUGAGAAUAAUAAUUAGUGAGAAUAAAGACUAUCAAUUUGCUAUUCAAGGACAGAUAACUUCCAAUUUAAUUAAAAAAGUCGGUAGUGAAAAAAAAACGCUCAGUGCGGAAGAAAUUGAAAAAAUCGCCCAAGAGAAAUUACCUUAUUUAAACACCACUGAUAUCGAAAAAGCCAAAAAAAUUGUGGCGGGCAGCGUUCGUAGUUUCAAGGAUUUUAAAAUCAACUAG